AGCUGCUCAAAGUAACUGUCCAGAUAAAUGUCCGGAGUUUGUCUUUGGAUGGAUAAAAGUAAUAUUGUUAUACAGCUUGACUUUGUCCGCGUCGCAUUCAUGCUACACGGAGAAACUGCUCACACAUGCUGGUAUUUUAUCCAGCAGGUCGUUUCAACCAUGUGUUACACUUUGGGUUUCCUCGAUGCUGUUAGGCGAGCUUUACUUUUGUGUGUUUAAAAUAAUAAUUCAUUUUGAUUGCCAAGCUAACGCUGUUAAAGAUAUCAUCGUCGAGCUGCCCGCCGCGUCCUGUCUCGGCGCUCUUUAAUUAAUCAAACGGUAACAACAUCACGAGGUCUGAAGUGUGCCGUCACGUGAACAAGGUAACUCUGCGGGCUCCAGCUAUUGGCUGAAAGGAGCAUGACGGCUUCCCCAUUGGGCAGUUUCUACUACGUCAUCUUUGCCGGUCUGCGUUCUUGUUUACAUCUGAUUGUAUUUUGCGUGCAGGUUUGUAGCCGGUUAGCUGAAGGUAAGCGGAGGAGCUGCACUUCAGGUAAGCCGCUGUAUUUCCCCUGUUAUAUGUUGGAGCUACGCUCCUCCUGGCUUGGCCGCACCGCUACAUGUCACCUGAUUUCAAGAGGAAACUGGCACCUGUAUUAAAAGGGACUAACUAGCUGGCUAAGUUGCGACACAUGCCCUUACUAAACCGGAUGGUAAAACCGUAUAAAGAAGAUAAGUCGUAAAAAGGGGAACCGAGAACGGGGCUGUCGACAUUCAGCCUCCUUCCUCCAGACGUGGAAAAAGCUAGCCGAAGCUUUCAGCUGAUGCCCGCCGAGCCUUUCGUGUAAACUGGGCUUUGGUCUUCCUCCAGCCGUGAUGUCGGACACGGACGGUUCUCUUCCUCUGCUGAAGAGGCUCAGCUAUGCGGUGGGGCACUUUCUCAAUGACCUGUGUGCCUCCAUGUGGUUCACAUAUCUGCUCGUUUUCUACCAUUCGGUGCUGGGAUUCCAAAACACGAGUGCAGGUGUGCUUUUGCUGGUCGGGCAGAUAGCUGAUGGUAUCUGUACGCCUCUUAUUGGCUACGAGUCUGACCGAAGCCCCGGCUGUAGAAACUACGGCAAGAGGAAGACGUGGCAUUUAGUUGGUACACUGAGCGUAGUGCUUUCCUUUGCCUUCAUCUUUAACCAGUGUGUGGGCUGCAGCUCCCUCACCCCUCAGUGGGCCAGUUUAAUCUACUUCGUCCCAUUCAUCAUCAUCUUUCAGUUCGGCUGGGCCGCCACGCAGAUCUCUCACCUGUCCCUCAUUCCAGAGCUGGUCACUUGUGAGCAUGCUAAAGUAGAGCUCACCGCGUACAGGUAUGCGUUCACAGUGAUAGCCAACAUCACCGUGUAUGGAGUGGCUUACCUGCUGUUUCACGUCCAGGCUGGAGCGGCUGAAGACCCCGAUUCACUAGGACCAGCGGAUAUCAUCAUCUUCAGGAAUCUGUCACUAAUUGUUUUGGGCAUCGGUGUCGUCUUCUCCGUCGUUUUCCACGUGGGAACAAAAGAGAACAAUGGAACAAGCGAGGAGUCGGUGGAGGCAGAGGGGGAGCGGAGGCCGCUGCUGCCGCGCUCCAACACCUUCUCGUCUCUCCUGCAGUGGAAAUGCUGGCUGCGACAGCCUUCUUUCUACCAGGUGGCCGUACUCUACAUGUCCACCAGGCUGAUCGUCAACCUGUCUCAGACCUACAUCUCCAUGUAUCUCAUCAACACUCUGGGGCUGCCAAAGAAGUUCAUAGCUACCAUCCCAUUGGUGAUGUACGUGAGCGGCUUCCUGUCCUCCUUUAUCAUGAAGCCUGUCAGCAAACUCAUUGGAAAAUGUCUUACAUACUUUGUGGGCCUGCUGCUGAUCAUGGCGUUCUCGUAUUGGGUGCUGCUGGACAUCACCAUGGGUCAGCAGGUAUACGGGGCGGCUGUGCUGCUGGGGGCCGGGUCCGCCACCAUCCUGGUCAUAUCGCUCGCCAUGACUGCAGAGCUCAUCGCAGAUCAGACGCAAAGCGGAGCGUUUGUGUACGGAGCCAUGAGUUUCACUGACAAGGUAGCCAAUGGACUGGCUGUGAUGAUCAUCCAGGCCCUGCAUCCCUGCCACACUGUGGUGUGCUGUCCUGCCUGUGUGUGGUUCUACCAUUACGUCAUGGUCAUUGUAACGGGAGGCGUUUCCUUCAUCGCAGCUUUGGCCCUUUGCUCUAUCCUCAUCUGGCCAAUCAAGAUAAGAGGCCGUGCUCUGCCAAUCAUCUCCAGUGAAGCAAAUGGAAUCAACUGACAGGGCUCCUCCCACAUCAUCUCACUUUCUGUUUCAGAGAAACGGCAGGAAUUCUGUGGGAUUUCCUGACUCGCUACUGAAACCAAGAAGCCUUUCUGUUUUUAAACUGAGAUUUGCAUCCUUUUAUAACCUUGUUUUGUCAUCAUUUUCCAACAAAACUCGAUCUAAAAUCCAGGCUGACGUCCGACGACAGGCCAGCACUUAAAGAAUUGAAUCACACAAUAAGCUAUGUUUUUAAUGGAUUUGUUCUGAUGAUAUUUUUAUUAUUAUUUAACUGUCCUCAUGAUCAAAGCAUCGACACAGUAAACCGGACCGUCUGCUAGUCAAAGCAAAGGUUGGGUUUGCAGUCUGUUAGCUGCUUUGUGGGCUCACACUGUAACACAGCACAGUGCUGGGGCAUCGUCUCCAAGCUGCUUUAGCCUGAGCACAGUAGCUGCAGCUGAUUUCCUGUCACCUUUGCCCCCUCAUGAUUUUCACUGUGCACAUGAAAGAUCGGGCUUUGCAGGAGUUAUUUCCUUUUACUACACGCGGUCAGCCUGAAAUUCCCUAAAUGUGAAUGAAGCCACUACACAGAGUUUGGAAAAUGAUGAGAAAACAGUGGUGCUCCUUAAAUAGACAUCAAACAUGUUGUUUCACAUGUGCACUGUUACACAGCGCAGGACAGCGGGGGCUGGCUGCAUGUCGCAUAGUUGUCCUGGAUGACAAAGGGAACCGAGUCCCUGCUCGUAGGAGGACGAGGGGAACCAGAGGAAGAUAUAAACAUGUAUGACGUUCAGUGUCCUCACAGGCCAGCAGUAAAAUCUUCCCCAGACUUCACUUAAAGAGUCAUUCCACUAUCCCCCCCUUACACUGAUAAGCCACUACAAUUGGACACACGAAGGCCGUCUGUACAGCGUGCAGGCUGAUGGUGAGGAGGGGGAUGCACAGACGACACUAAUACAAGCGUUUACCUCGAAGACGUUUGACUGGACUCGAUGAGCUCGGUGAGCCUCAGUCAGAGGAAGUCCCUGCUGAGCUUCUCCAGCUUAUUUCUAUUUGUGCUGUCCUGGAUUUUGUCCCUCAUGAAAUGACAGUAUGUUAUGUAAACUGUUGAGCUGUUGGAAUCAAAUGGAAGAUGAAUCACAUGUUUGUAAUUAAGAGUGACUUGAUGAGCAGAACUGUGUCUGAUAUUUAAACACUUCAAAGGGAUCAAACGCUCUAAUCUGUGUAUUUGAUGCUUGCAUAGAAGAGAAGGGAACAUCAUGUUGGACCAAAGCUUUGUUGCAAUGAUCAGCCUUCGUGUCCAGCAGGAGAACUUUGUGUUUACUUUGUCUCUUCUGUCUGAUAAAUCCCUUAUUAAACGGGAUUCAUUUCUCUA